CGUGCGAUGACAACACAGAUGAAGAGGUUGAUGCUGGACGUUCUGAAAAUGAAGAAAAUCAAGGUUUCCUUUUUGCGACUCAUGUUGUACAUGAUGAUAAGCAUUACUAUGAUGAACAGCUGUAUAUGGGAUCACCAAUGACUGAAGCGGACAGUAUCUUGUUGGUUUCUCUCUUUAUCUCCACGCAUAGCCUAUCAGACGUGGCUCUAAGUGAUUUGUUGAAACUCAUUUCUCAGCACUGCCUUGUACCCAAUAAAUGCACAACAUCAAUUUAUAGAUUUAGACGAAUCAGCAACCAACUCUUGUUUAAGAACCACCAAUUCAAUUGUCAGCCAUCAAAGAAGCUUGUAUGUAGUAUUUGUCAUGAAGAAAUCUCAGGCUUGUUUUGUACUAAAGAACGCUACAUGGGUCUAAGGCAACAUCGUGACAAAUCAUGUGAACUGUUUACACUGGCUCUCCAACCACAACUUACAAGGCUUAUAGCAGAGCAUGGUGAUGAAAUUGCUCGAUGCAAGAGUAAUGGAACUGAUCAAAUACAAGAUGUUUCUGAUGGUCUUCGGUUUCAGCGUGUUAAGGAAAUUGCUGGCAAGUUUUCUGUAAGUUUGAUUUUAAACGCUGAUGGAGCUCCAGUGUUUAAGUCAUCACAACAAUUAGUCUGGCCGUUGUCUUGUGUUGUUGCAGAACUACCACCUAGAUUAAGGUAUGAUGUUGACAAUAUGAUACUUGCCGCAAUUUGGUGUGGGAGAACAAAACCUCAAAUGGCUAUAUUUUUGAAUGCUUUUGUUGAAGAAGUAAAGCAACUAUCAGUUGAAGGAAUAAAAUUGACGUCGGCUAUUGGGGAAGAAGCUACUUGGGAGGUUCAAGCACUGCAAGUUGUUGCGGACUUGCCUGCCAAAGCACAGCUUGUGAAUCAUAUGCAGUACAAUGGCUAUUAUGGAUGUACAGUUUAUGGUGUCAAGGGUAAGGCCGUGCUUUCAGAUCUACUACAAAUUCCAGAAGAUGUGCCUGUUGAUUACAUGCAUGCGAUUCUUGAAGGAGUUGUUCCACAGCUGCUACAGCUAUGGUUUUCUUCAGAGAACCACAGCAAAGACUACUACCUUGGGAGACAUAAGAGAGAGAUUAGUAGAAUGCUUGUAAAAAUAGGUGUUCCUCAUGACUUCAAACGAAAGCCUAUUAUACUUUAUGCUACCAAUAGUUCGCCAAUUCUUGACAGAUAAUUAUCACUGCCAUUUUGCCCUUUUGGUUACUGCAGUUUAUACUUUGCUGUCUUCUCCGAGCAUGAACGAUAUUAAGAAGUCUGGUGUAAUGCUUGAGUAUUUUGUGCAAGAGAUGGAAACUCUAUAUGGUGAAACAGCAAUGACAAUGAAUGUGCACAGCCUUUGUCACUUAGAGAGACAAGUGAUUGAUUUUAGCCCUUUAUGGACAAACUCUAUGUUCUCUUUUGAGAAUAUGGUAAAAGAAGUAGGAGGUCUAUUUACGGGAACAAGAGGUGUUGCUGACCAGAUGGUUCAAAAAUUUUUUUCAAGACAACAGCUGGUCUGAUUGAGUAGACAGUCUCAGGCACCAUCUGUUGUGGAAGAGUAUGCUUGUCAUCUUCGAAUGAGGAGAACUCCCAAUUUACGGGGGAACACUGUGACAAUUGAAAAUGGAAUUGAGUUUUUUCUUCCAGUAGAAGAACAACAACCACUUUCAAACUUGGAAAUACAAGCCAUCACUGCCUUGACAGGAACAGCACCACUGUUGGCUGGUACAGCAUGUCGGGCCAUAGUGAGACAUGAAGUUUUUCAUUCACUUCUUUACCAGAGAUGUGGUAGCAGUUCAAGCAUGGUAGUAGAAAUUGAGAGUGCCACUCUCCUUUAUGGAAAAGUUCUGAAAUUUGUUCUUGUUGAAUCGACAGCAGUUGCAAUAGUACAAUGAUACCAUAGGCAUCAAUCUAACAUUUGUAAGGAUGGUCAGCAAUUGCCAACGUUAUCGCUGCUAAGACGAUUUGUUCGAGACAAUUGUCUCGCAUCAUUCUACAUGCCAGUGGAAGAGAUAGAUGAACUGGUUGCUGUGUACUGCAGUAAAAUAAGUAAAAAGUGCAUUUUUGUUGCUGACAAUGAUUUUAGUGACAAUGUAUGUGGAUUUUUGGUGCCGGUUUUAAGAGAUUAUCGUGUGUAAAGUGUGCAAACUGUAUUAGUAUUAGUAGCUGUAGCCUAGAAUUGAAUAAUAUUGGCAAGAGUUGUGGAAGA